UUGUAAGGCGAUAACAUUCUACUUUUAUCAUGAACAAUAUCGGUCAAUUACCUAACGAGAUACUCGUAAGUAUCUUCAAGCAACUAACGCCAACAGAUUUAAGUAGUGUGGCACAAUCUAAUCGCUCGUUGCGAGGUGUGGCCACAGCGUCAUCACUAUGGGAGCCGUAUUACCUUUCCUUUUGGCAAGAGGAGGAUUCCAGAAAGUCCCAGAUUCGCGGAACGUCAAAUUGGCGGGAUGCUAAAAGAAUUUCAUUUCUAUAUAAAACAGCAACUCGGAUAUGGAGAGAAGAUUUUGAGCGGGAGCGGGAGCGGGAAAACGAUACACAUGAUUCGAUUCUAGAACAUGCAGGUACACCAUUCCCGAAGUUUCUAUCCACUUCAUCUCAGGAACCGGCAAACCUUAAUUCUCCGCCAGACUUCUACAAGCUAUUCUGCGAGCGUAUGCUUAUAGAUGGCGAAGUACUGAAACGCAUUCAAGCUCAAUGUUUCCGGUCUUUCGGAUGGCUUCAAGAGAUGAUUGAUAUAUAUGAACAGUAUGGUGACGACAUCAAAGACAUAUUGCACGCCCUCAUAACAGUUCAACGGAGGUCCGAUCCCGAUUCAAAUCUGUUGAUCAACGAAGCGGGAAUAGAGCAAGAAUUUCCAUCUGCAUACAAGUUACGAUUGCAAGGCACCAAACGUUCCAAAACCCAUCAUUUGACCCUUCUAUACUUCGGGAAGCAGCUACUUCAGUACAUUCAACAUCAACAGGCUGUAUGUGGGCUGAAUCAUAUGCGCGGGAUGAGUAGAUCUAAUGAAGUUACAGAAGGUCCAUUUUCUUGGACUAGGAUACGUGCAGUGCAAGCUUCCCGAAUCAAUGAAGCCUCCGUUUCGAUUGCUAAAGUGUUCGAGAACGGCUUAUGUUAUCUUUCUAUGUUCCGAGGCGGAGAGGGAUACGAGAUAGCCAACGAACUAGAUAUGCUGGCAGUUGCAUGCUCAUUAUAUCUUGCAAAAGAAGGUAUCAGUCUUGACACCAGUGGCUCACGACUAUAUGCACAGGGAAUCUGCAAGUUCAUGCAGAUUCGAGGCUAUAGAGGUGCUCGGGAACACAAAUUUCACAGGCUCGAUAACAGUUUUAUACAUCUAUGUUUAGACGAAUCGGGAAGGGAAAGCCUGCCGUUGACGCUCGUUGUGGUAUUUUGUUCGUUGGCGAACAGGCUAGGAUUGAACGCAUUGCCAACGAAUACGCCUGGUAGAUUGCUUGCCGUUGUUCAGUACCUUAAUCACAAAUUUUGGAUCAGUGCCGCUGAUGAUGGACUUUUAUAUGAAUUGGAAAAUUUACAAGUUUUAUUUCGGAUGAACUCUUUAAGUCCGGAUCAUGCGAUCGUAAGUGCUUCCACUCCGUUGGAACUUUGUCUUCGUGCUUCCCGCAACAUUUUCAACGGUCUUCACGGCGCUCAUUUGAUGGCUGAUUUAGAUAUAGGAUCAGAGACUCUAGCAUUAGCUGAGAAAGGCGGAGAAAAUAGAGUCGAUCAAAUCUUCGAAGAGACAAUCCUAGCAGACGACAACGUAUUUAACCCACGCAGAACGUUCCUGCAUGCGGAAGAUCGGCAGUCGUACCUUGUUUCCCCGCUUAAUUACCCCGCAGAAACUUCUAAACGGCUCAAAAGGCAGGACGAUUCGGAAGCAUACCUUGCAACGGCGGGAAGGUAUACAGAUGGCGAUCAAAGUCCAGAAACCAAAGCCGUUCUGUCAAUGUUUGCAGCAGCUAACGCCAUGACAGAAUUGGGAGAUGAAGCAGAUCGAAACGGAACUGCAUUGUCGAUCGUUACCGCGCAACAUUAUUUACCAAGUAGUAUUUUGAGUAUCCGGUCCGGAUUGAAAAGAAGGACUGAAGCUGAAUUAAGUCAAUUGGAAAAGAUGCGCUUGGCGGAGUUGGAAACGUUGGCCAACGACUUACUCGCCCGAGAUCGGUUAGGUCGAUCACAGAAGAGGCGGGUGGCCGCAACGGAUUCGGAAGAAGAUAAGAAUCUACUCAAGAUAAUGCAUACUGUUGGAACGGUUUUCGUGCAUCGCGUAUACGGAUACCAAGCAGUCAUUCAAGAUUGGGACGUCAAAUGCGAUAAAGGGGAAGAUUGGAUCAGCGCAAUGGAUGUUGACGAUCUACCAAAUGGCGGAAGGAAGCAACCGUUUUAUACAAGCUUAGUAAGCGAUGGUUCCGUCCGUUAUGUUGCACAUUGCAAUAUCUUGCCAGCCUCCGCUGAAUUGCCAUCUUCAAAUAGAAUGCAAGGACAGAACGAGCUCACACAUUCCCAAAUUGAGAAGCUGAUGUACUCUCACGAGUUCGGUGAUAUCUUCCGUUGUGCAUCGGCAAAUCAAGAUGGAAGUUGCUUGCGCAUGUUACUGAAUGCUGCAGGCGAACACAUGUAUCCGGAUGAUCUUGGUCUCUAACAAAUAGAUCUGCAUAACAAACAGAUCGGCAAAACAAACAGAUCUGCAAAUUAAACAGAUCGGCAAAACAAAUAGAUCUGCAUAACAAACAAAUCGGCAUUAUCAUUUUGUAUAUUAAACAUUUCAUAUAUCAAUAAUUGAGUAUACC